AUGAACCAAAAUCAACCACCCAACACCUACAUUCCACCUCACCAAAGGAAUCAGGGGAACCAAGGACCGCAACCAGGUCAGGGAAGUCAAAACCAAGGUGCUCAAUCCAGUCAGUCAUACUUGAUAGGCGAUCUGAUAACAUAUCAGCAACAUUUUCAGAACAAUAUCCAGGCCAAUAACGAGUUAGUUCACGAUUUGCAAGAUGCACAGCAGGAGAAGAACAUUGCAAUGGACAUGUUGGCUAAGCAAAUGUCCCAAAUCGCCACUUCGUUUAGUGAGAUGCGAAGUAAUGAAGGAAGGAUACCAGCAUCGGUGAAACUGCUUGACCGGACAAAUGUCAGUCAAGUUACCUUGAGAUCAGGAAGGGAAUAUAAAGGCCAUGUCAUGGAAGUUGAUGAAGGAAUGCCAGUGGGAGCCGGGUUUGGGAAAAUCAAUGAAGGAGCCGGCAAGGAGACUGGAGAUAACCUCCAAGGAGAACCCAAUAAGGUUGUGAAGCGAUUCCCACAUCGGGGAGAAGCAAAGAAGAAGAAGGAUGAUCCCAUGGACUUCAUGGAAAUUUUCGGGAGGCUGGAGAUAAACUUGCCAUUUCUCCAAGCGUUAAAGCUACCCACGUCCAGCAAAUUUAUCAAGGAGUUCAUAGCCGGGAAGACUAGACUAGAAGAGAAGAUUGUGAUAGGCGAGAAUGUUUCAGCCGUGAUUCAAAAGAGGAGGCCACCAUCUAAGAAAACUGAUCCAGGUAUGUUCACACUACCUGUUGAGAUAGGUAAUUUGAAAGUGGAAUAUGCUAUGUGUGACUUGAGUGCCUCGAUAAAUGUUUUACCUUUUUCGCUCUAUAAAAAGUUCAUGGGGGUGAAAUUAGCUGAGACCAAAGUAGUGAUACUACUUGCUGAUAGGUCGUGCAUUCAUCCAGAGGGAGUAUUAGAGAAUGUGAUAGUCAAAGUGCAUGAUUUCCUUUAUCCAGCUGAUUUCUAUGUGAUUAAGAUGAAUGAGCAUGAGUGUACUGGGUCUAGUGAAGUGUUGUUGGGAAGACCAUUCCUACGCACCGCUAAAACAAUAAUUGAUGUGUUUGAUGGAACAAUAUGUUCAGAUUAUCAUGGGAAAAAGUACACAUUCAAUAUUUAUGAUGCUAUGAAAUAA